UCUAGAAAGUUCUCUCUCAGGAUAUAUAGAGCAGGAGAGUGUGUUACAGUACAUUACUCACAGGACACAAGUCAGAGGAGAAACCCAGCGAAUCUGUGCCAGAAUGAAAAUCGCAGACAUCAAAACAUCUCAAGGCUGCUGUAGCUGCUUUUGGAGACAGACAGGAUGUGGAUGACUAGCAUUGUAGCUCUUUGUCUGCUGGCCAUCGUGGCCUCUGCAGAGGACAAGAAGUUAAGCAGCCAUGCCACCACGCUGGCUGACAACAGCGCCAAUCUGGCCUUCAGCCUCUACCACAACAUGGCAAAGGAGAAGGACAUGGAGAACAUCCUCAUCUCUCCUGUGGUGGUGGCCUCAUCUCUGGGCAUGGUGGCUCUUGGAGGCAAGUCUUCCACUGCCUCCCAGGUCAAAACUGUCCUCAGUGCUGACAAACUGAAGGAUGAGCAUCUGCAUGCAGGCCUGUCCGAGCUGCUCACUGAGGUGAGUGAUGCCAAGAAACACAACACUACCUGGAAGAUCAACAACCGCCUCUAUGGCCCCAGCUCCGUCUCCUUCUCUGAUGAUUUUGUGAAAAACAGCAAGAAGCACUACAACUAUGAUCACUCAAAAAUAAACUUCAGGGACAAGAGGAGUGCUGUGAACUCCAUCAACGAGUGGGCAGCCAAGUCAACAGAUGGCAAGCUGCCUGAGAUCACCAAGGACGUGCAGAACCCAGAUGGAGCCAUGAUUGUCAAUGCUAUGUUCUUCAAACCUCACUGGGAUGAGAAAUUCCAUGAUAAGAUGGUGGACACACGUGGUUUUCUUGUUACCCGCUCAUUCACUGUUGGAGUUCCCAUGAUGCAUCGUACUGGUUUGUACGACUUCUACGAUGACACAGUGAACCGUAUCUUUGUUCUGAACAUGCCUCUGGGCAAGAAGCAGGCCUCUGUGACCCUCAUCAUGCCCUACCACCUGGAGCCCCUAGACCGCCUGGAGAAACUCCUGACCAGGAAGCAGGUUGACACCUGGCUCAGCAAGAUGGAAAACAAAGCUGUGGCCAUUUCCCUCCCCAAAAUCUCAGUGGAUGUCAGCCACAACCUGCAGAAACACCUGGCUGAGCUUGGCCUGACCGAGGCUGUGGACAAAACCAAGGCUGACUUGUCCAACAUCUCUGGAAAGAAAGACCUCUAUCUCUCUAAUGUCUUCCAUGCAUCAACCCUGGAGCUGGAUAUAGAGGGAAACCCAUACGACCCCAGCAUCUUUGGCUCUGACAAGCUGAGGAACCCCCAACUUUUCUACGUAGAUCACCCCUUCUUCUUUCUGGUGAAAGACACCAAGACCAACUCCAUUAUGUACAUCGGCAGGGUGGUUAAACCUAAAGGAGACAAGAUGCGUGAUGAGCUAUAAAAUUAAUGUUGUGAAUGGUGGUGGGUAGUUUUUGUUAUUUGGAAAAUGAGUAUUUCUGGUAUGUCUGUUACCUCAUGAGCACAUUCCAAUAGACAAUCUGUGGACUGAGUAUCUGAGCUUACUGUUUUUAGACACACUAAACCUUCCCAGAGUACAAUUCUGUGCACACACUAGGUCUCGUUCUCAACUACAAAUAUUUGCCAUAUUUGACAUUUCCAUCAACAUAAACAACAGUUGGCACAGCAGACAACAUGCUUAUAUUAAGUAUGAACUCUUUUUCUAUACAACCUGAUUUCGCCAAUAUUGGUUCAGCUAUGAUUCACAUGUGUUUUCUUGCAUUAUCUUUAAUGUUUAAAGAAAAAAAAAAGAUCUGUGCACAGGCUCAUUUGACAGUUCUGUCUCACUCCUACCCUUUAUGCUCUCUCUCUCUAUCUUUCUUUUUUGCCUCCGGUCUGCACUGAAUUGUUUCUCUGCACAAGCUGAGCUUGCAGGGAUAAGGGGAACCGUCUGAUGCUUCCUCUUUGUUCACUUGCCAACCAUACUGUGUCAUUUUGUUGCUGUAGAUAUUUUCACAGAGAAACUGAUGGAAUUGUGUGAUUACAUAUUGUGUUCACUUUUCAAUAAAAAUAAAGAAAAGGAA